AUGCAGCAGUGCCAGUGCUCGUUAAACGACGAAGCUUCCUCUGCUAGUUCCUCUUCUGACGCGACUCACAAUCACCCCGCGUCUGCCCACAUUGCCUCUUCUCGUCACCUCCCCGCCUCCUCCUCUUCCCCCGCGUCCUCCGCUUCCCCCGCUUCCGCCGCUUCCCCCGCUUUCCCCGCUUCCUCCACGACUUCCACUCCUUCGUUUCCGUCCCUUUCCCCCACUCCUCCCCAUUCGUCCGCCUCUUCACAAAAGCUCCCCGCUUCCUCCCUGUCUCCCUCCGCCACUUCCCCAUCCGACCCGCUUCCUGCGCCCGUCCUCCUCCCCCUGCUCUCCGCCUCCCCGCCCCCGCCCUCCUCCCCCGCGCCCUCCACUCUCCCCUCUGCGCCGUUCCCCUUAGGCCCAGGGCACUUUGAGUAUCUGCCACUGAAGGCUCCUUUCCGCAUGGCCAUGGGGGUGCAGCCCAUGGCGAUGCACGACUGGAUACAGUUCACUGAUCCCCCCCUCCCCAUUCGACCUGCCUGCUCACUGUCUGCCAACAGCCCUCCUCCCUCUCCUUCCCGUCCCCUCAUCCCCCCCAGUUUCUCCCUCUCGCACCAUCAUCUGCACAACCACGCUACGGGAGGAUGUGUGCCUCAUGUGUGCCUCAUGUGUGCCUCAUGUGUGCCUCAUGUGUCCCUCAUGUGUGCCUCAUGUGUGCCUCAUGUGUGCCUCAUGUGUGCCUCAUGUGUGCCUCAUGUGUGCCUAUGUGUUGCCUCAUGUGUGCCCUCAUGUGUGGCCUCAUGUGUGCCUCAUGUGUGCCUCAUGUGUGCCUCAUGUGUGCCUCAUGGUGCCUCAUGUGUGCCUCAUGUGUGCCUCAUGUGUGCCUCAUGUGGUGCCUCAUGUGUGCCUCAUGUGUGCCUCAUGUGUGCCUCAUGUGUGCCUCAUGUGUGCCUCAUGUGUGCCUCAUGUGUGCCUCAUGUGUGCCUCAUGUGUGCCUCAUGUGUGCCUCAUGUGUGCCUCAUUGCCCUCAUGUGUGCCUCAUGUGUGCCUCAUGUGUGCCUCAUGGUGUGCCUCAUGUGUGCCUCAUGUGUGCCUCAUGUGUGCCUCAUGUGUGCCUCAUGUGUGCCUCAUGUGUGCCUCAUGUGUGCCUCAUGUGUGCCUCAUGUGUGCCUCAUGUGUGCCUCAUGUGUGCCUCAUGUGUGCCUCAUGUGUGCCUCAUGUGUGCCUCAUGUGUGCCUCAUGUGUGCCUCAUGUGUGCCUCAUGUGUGCCUCAUGUGUGCCUCAUGUGUGCCUCAUGUGUGCCUCAUGUGUGCCUCAUGUGUGCCUCAUGUGUGCCUCAUGUGUGCCUCAUGUGUGCCUCAUGUGUGCCUCAUGUGUGCCUCAUGUGUGCCUCAUGUGUGCCUCAUGUGUGCCUCAUGUGUGCCUCAUGUGUGCCUCAUGUGUGCCUCAUGUGUGCCUCAUGUGUGCCUCAUGUGUGCCUCAUGUGUGCCUCAUGUGUGCCUCAUGUGUGCCUCAUGUGUGCCUCAUGUGUGCCUCAUGUGUGCCUCAUGUGUGCCUCAUGUGUGCCUCAUGUGUGCCUCAUGUGUGCCUCAUGUGUGCCUCAUGUGUGCCUCAUGUGUGCCUCAUGUGUGCCUCAUGUGUGCCUCAUGUGUGCCUCAUGUGUGCCUCAUGUGUGCCUCAUGUGUGCCUCAUGUGUGCCUCAUGUGUGCCUCAUGUGUGCCUCAUGUGUGCCUCAUGUGUGCCUCAUGUGUGCCUCAUGUGUGCCUCAUGUGUGCCCUCAUGUGUGCCUCAUGUGUGCCUCAUGUGUGCCUCAUGUGUGCCUCAUGUGUGCCUCAUGUGUGCCUCAUGUGUGCCUCAUGUGUGCCUCAUGUGUGCCUCUGUGUGCCUCAUGUGUGCCUCAUGUGUGCCUCAUGUGUGCCUCAUGUGUGCCUCAUGUGUGCCUCAUGUGUGCCUCAUGUGUGCCUCAUGUGUGCCUCAUGUGUGCCUCAUGUGUGCCUCAUGUGUGCCUCAGUGUGCCUCAUGUGUGCCUCAUGUGUGCCUCAUGUGUGCCUCAUGUGUGCCUCAUGUGUGCCUCAUGUGUGCCUCCUGUGUGCCUCAUGUGUGCCUCAUGUGUGCCUCAUGUGUGCCUCAUGUGUGCCUCAUGUGUGCCUCAUGUGUGCCUCAUGUGUGCCUCAUGUGUGCCUCAUGUGUGCCUCAUGUGUGCCUCAUGUGUGCCUCAUGUGUGCCUCAUGUGUGCCUCAUGUGUGCCUCAUGUGUGCCUCAUGUGUGCCUCAUGUGUGCCUCAUGUGUGCCUCAUGUGUGCCUCAUGUGUGCCUCAUGUGUGCCUCAUGUGUGCCUCAUGUGUGCCUCAUGUGUGCCUCAUGUGUGCCUCAUGUGUGCCUCAUGUGUGCCUCAUGUGUGCCUCAUGUGUGCCUCAUGUGUGCCUCAUGUGUGCCUCAUGUGUGCCUCAUGUGUGCCUCAUGUGUGCCUCAUGUGUGCCUCAUGUGUGCCUCAUGUGUGCCUCAUGUGUGCCUCAUGUGUGCCUCAUGUGUGCCUCAUGUGUGCCUCAUGUGUGCCUCAUGUGUGCCUCAUGUGUGCCUCAUGUGUGCCUCAUGUGUGCCUCAUGUGUGCCUCAUGUGUGCCUCAUGUGUGCCUCAUGUGUGCCUCAUGUGUGCCUCAUGUGUGCCUCAUGUGUGCCUCAUGUGUGCCUCAUGUGUGCCUCAUGUGUGCCUCAUGUGUGCCUCAUGUGUGCCUCAUGUGUGCCUCAUGUGUGCCUCAUGUGUGCCUCAUGUGUGCCUCAUGUGUGCCUCAUGUGUGCCUCAUGUGUGCCUCAUGUGUGCCUCAUGUGUGCCUCAUGUGUGCCUCAUGUGUGCCUCAUGUGUGCCUCAUGUGUGCCUCAUGUGUCCUCAUGUGUGCCUCAUGUGUGCCUCAUGUGUGCCUCAUGUGUGCCUCAUGUGUGCCUCAUGUGUGCCUCAUGUGUGCCUCAUGUGUGCCUCAUGUGUGCCUCAUGUGUGCCUCAUGUGUGCCUCAUGUGUGCCUCAUGUGUGCCUCAUGUGUGCCUCAUGUGUGCCUCAUGUGUGCCUCAUGUGUGCCUCAUGUGUGCCUCAUGUGUGCCUCAUGUGUGCCUCAUGUGUGCCUCAUGUGUGCCUCAUGUGUGCCUCAUGUGUGCCUCAUGUGUGCCUCAAUGUGUGCCUCAUGUGUGCCUCAUGUGUGCCUCAUGUGUGCCUCAUGUGUGCCUCAUGUGUGCCUCAUGUGUGCCUCAUGUGUGCCUCAUGUGUGCCUCAUGUGUGCCUCAUGUGUGCCUCAAUGUGUGCCUCAUGUGUGCCUCAUGUGGUGCCUCAUGUGUGCCUCUGUGUGCCUCAUGUGUGCCUCAUGUGUGCCUCAUGUGUGCCUCAUGUGUGCCUCAUGUGUGCCUCAUGUGUGCCCUCAUGUGUGCCUCAUGUGGUGCCUCAUGUGUGCCUCAUGUGUGCCUCAUGUGUGCCUCAUGUGUGCCUCAUGUGUGCCUCAUGUGUGCCUCAUGUGUGCCUCAUGUGUGCCUCAUGUGUGCCUCAUGUGUUCCAUGUGUGCCUCAUGUGUGCCUCAUGUGUGCCUCAUGUGUGCCUCAUGUGUGCCUCAUGUGUGCCUCAUGUGUGCCUCAUGUGUGCUCAUGUGUGCACUCAUGUGUGCCUCAUGUGUGCCUCAUGUGUGCCUCAUGUGUGCCUCAUGUGUGCCUCAUGUGUGCCUCAUGUGUGCCUCAUGUGUGCCUCAUGUGUGCCUCAUGUGUGCCUCAUGUGUGCCUCAUGUGUGCCUCAUGUGUGCCUCAUGUGUGCCUCAUGUGUGCCUCAUGUGUGCCUCAUGUGUGCCUCAUGUGUGCCUCAUGUGUGCCUCAUGUGUGCCUCAUGUGUGCCUCAUGUGUGCCUCAUGUGUGCCUCAUGUGUGCCUCAUGUGUGCCUCAUGUGUGCCUCAUGUGUGCCUCAUGUGUGCCUCAUGUGUGCCUCAUGUGUGCCUCAUGUGUGCCUCAUGUGUGCCUCAUGUGUGCCUCAUGUGUGCCUCAUGUGUGCCUCAUGUGUGCCUCAUGUGUGCCUCAUGUGUGCCUCAUGUGUGCCUCAUGUGUGCCUCAUGUGUGCCUCAUGUGUGCCUCAUGUGUGCCUCAUGUGUGCCUCAUGUGUGCCUCAUGUGUGCCUCAUGUGUGCCUCAUGUGUGCCUCAUGUGUGCCUCAUGUGUGCCUCAUGUGUGCCUCAUGUGUGCCUCAUGUGUGCCUCAUGUGUGCCUCAUGUGUGCCUCAUGUGUGCCUCAUGUGUGCCUCAUGUGUGCCUCAUGUGUGCCUCAUGUGUGCCUCAUGUGUGCCUCAUGUGUGCCUCAUGUGUGCCUCAUGUGUGCCUCAUGUGUGCCUCAUGUGUGCCUCAUGUGUGCCUCAUGUGUGCCUCAUGUGUGCCUCAUGUGUGCCUCAUGUGUGCCUCAUGUGUGCCUCAUGUGUGCCUCAUGUGUGCCUCAUGUGUGCCUCAUGUGUGCCUCAUGUGUGCCUCAUGUGUGCCUCAUGUGUGCCUCAUGUGUGCCUCAUGUGUGCCUCAUGUGUGCCUCAUGUGUGCCUCAUGUGUGCCUCAUGUGUGCCUCAUGUGUGCCUCAUGUGUGCCUCAUGUGUGCCUCAUGUGUGCCUCAUGUGUGCCUCAUGUGUGCCUCAUGUGUGCCUCAUGUGUGCCUCAUGUGUGCCUCAUGUGUGCCUCAUGUGUGCCUCAUGUGUGCCUCAUGUGUGCCUCAUGUGUGCCUCAUGUGUGCCUCAUGUGUGCCUCAUGUGUGCCUCAUGUGUGCCUCAUGUGUGGCCUCAUGUGUGCCUCAUGUGUGCCUCAUGUGUGCCUCAUGUGUGCCUCAUGUGUGCCUCAUGUGUGCCUCAUGUGUGCCUCAUGUGGUGCCUCAUGUGUGCCCUCAUGUGUGCCUCAUGUGUGCCUCAUGUGUGCCUCAUGUGUGCCUCAUGUGUGCCUCAUGUGUGCCUCAUGUGUGCCUCAUGUGUGCCUCAUGUGUGCCUCAUGUGUGCCUCAUGUGUGCCUCAUGUGUGCCUCAUGUGUGCCUCAUGUGUGCCUCAUGUGUCUUGCCUCAUGUGUGCCUCAUGUGUGCCUCAUGUGUGCCUCAUGUGUGCCUCCAUGUGUGCCUCAUGUGUGCCUCAUGUGUGCCCUCAUGUGUGCCUCAUGUGUGCCUCAUGUGGUGCCUCAUGUGUGCCUCAUUGUGCCUCAUGUGUGCCUCAUGUGUGCCUCAUGUGUGCCUCAUGUGUGUGUGCCUCAUGUGUGCCUCAUUGUGUGCCUCAUGUGUGCCUCAUGUGUGCCUCAUUGUGCCUCAUGUGUGCCUCAUGUGUGCCUCAUGGUGCCUCAUGUGUGCCUCAUGUGUGCCUCAUGUGUGCCUCAUGGUGGUGCCUCAUGUGUGCCUCAUGUGUGCCUCAUGUGUGCCUCAUGUGUGCCUCAUGUGUGCCUCAUGUGGUGCCUCAUGUGUGCCUCAUGUGUGCCUCAUGUGUGGCCUCAUGUGUGCCUCAUUGUGGUGCCCUCAUGUGGUGCCUCAUGUGUGCCUCAUGGUGUGCGCUCAUGUGUGCCUCAUGUGUGCCUCAUGUGUGCCUUCAUGUGUGCCUCAUGUGUGCCUCAUGUUGCCUCAUGUGUGCCUAUGUGUGCCUCAUGUGGUGCCUCAUGUGUGCCUCAUGUGUGCCUCAUGUGUGCCUCAUGUGUGCCUCAUGUGGUGCCUCAUGUGUGCCUCAUUGUGUGCCUCAUGUGUGCCUCAUGUGUGCCUCAUGUGUGCCUCAUGUGUGCCUCAUGUGUGCCUCAUGUGUGCCUCAUGUGUGCCUCAUGUGUGCCUCAUGUGUGCCUCAUGUGUGCCUCAUGUGUGCCUCAUGUGUGCCUCAUGUUGCCUCAUGUGUGCCUCAUGUGUGCCUCAUGUGUGCCUCAUGUGUGCCUCAUGUGUGCCUCAUGUGUGCCUCAUGUGUGCCUCAUGUGUGCCUCAUGUGUGCCUCAUGUGUGCCUCAUGGUGUGCCUCAUGUGUGCCUCAUGUGUGCCUCAUGUGUGCCUCAUGUGUGCCUCAUGUGUGCCUCAUGUGUGCCUCAUGUGUGCCUCAUGUGUGCCUCAUGUGUGCCUCAUGUGUGCCUCAUGUGUGCCUCAUGUGUGCCUCAUGUGUGCCUCAUGUGUGCCUCAUGUGUGCCUCAUGUGUGCCUCAUGUGUGCCUCAUGUGUGCCUCAUGUGUGCCUCAUGUGUGCCUCAUGUGUGCCUCAUGUGUGCCUCAUGUGUGCCUCAUGUGUGCCUCAUGUGUGCCUCAUGUGUGCCUCAUGUGUGCCUCAUGUGUGCCUCAUGUGUGCCUCAUGUGUGCCUCAUGUGUGCCUCAUGUGUGCCUCAUGUGUGCCUCAUGUGUGCCUCAUGUGUGCCUCAUGUGUGCCUCAUGUGUGCCUCAUGUGUGCCUCAUGUGUGCCUCAUGUGUGCCUCAUGUGUGCCUCAUGUGUGCCUCAUGUGUGCCUCAUGUGUGCCUCAUGUGUGCCUCAUGUGUGCCUCAUGUGUGCCUCAUGUGUGCCUCAUGUGUGCCUCAUGUGUGCCUCAUGUGUGCCUCAUGUGUGCCUCAUGUGUGCCUCAUGUGUGCCUCAUGUGUGCCUCAUGUGUGCCUCAUGUGUGCCUCAUGUGUGCCUCAUGUGUGCCUCAUGUGUGCCUCAUGUGUGCCUCAUGUGUGCCUCAUGUGUGCCUCAUGUGUGCCUCAUGUGUGCCUCAUGUGUGCCUCAUGUGUGCCUCAUGUGUGCCUCAUGUGUGCCUCAUGUGUGCCUCAUGUGUGCCUCAUGUGUGCCUCAUGUGUGCCUCAUGUGUGCCUCAUGUGUGCCUCAUGUGUGCCUCAUGUGUGCCUCAUGUGUGCCUCAUGUGUGCCUCAUGUGUGCCUCAUGUGUGCCUCAUGUGUGCCUCAUGUGUGCCUCAUGUGUGCCUCAUGUGUGCCUCAUGUGUGCCUCAUGUGUGCCUCAUGUGUGCCUCAUGUGUGCCUCAUGUGUGCCUCAUGUGUGCCUCAUGUGUGCCUCAUGUGUGCCUCAUGUGUGCCUCAUGUGUGCCUCAUGUGUGCCUCAUGUGUGCCUCAUGUGUGCCUCAUGUGUGCCAUCAUGUGUGCCUCAUGUGUGCCUCAUGUGUGCCUCAUGUGGUGCCUUCAUGUGUGCCUCAUGUGUGCCUCAUGUGUGCCUCAUGUGUGCCUCAUGUGUGCCUCAUGUGUGCCUCCAUGUGUGCCUCAUGUGUGCCUCAUGUGUGCCUCAUGUGCCUCAUGUGUGCCUCAUGUGUGCCUCAUGUGUGCCUCAUGUGUGCCUCAUGUGUGCCUCAUGUGUGCCUCAUGUGUGCCUCAUGUGUGCCUCAUGUGUGCCUCAUGUGUGCCUCAUGUGGUGGCCUCAUGUGUGCCUCAUGUGUGCCUCAUGUGUGCCUCAUGUGUGCCUCAUGUGUGCCUCAUGUGUGCCUCAUGUGUGCCUCAUGUGUGCCUCAUGUGUGCCUCAUGUGUGCCUCAUGUGUGCCUCAUGUGUGCCUCAUGUGUGCCUCAUGUGUGCCUCAUGUGUGCCUCAUGUGUUCCUCAUGUGGUGCCUCAUGUGUGCCUCAUGUGUGCCUCAUGUGUGCCUCAUGUGGCCUCAUGGUGCCUCAUGUGUGCCUAUGUGUGCCUCAUGUGUGCCUCAUGUGUCUCAUGGUGCCUCAUGUGUGCCUCAUGUGUGCCUCAUGUGUGCCUCAUGUGGUGCCUCAUGUGUGCCUCAUGUGUGCCUCAUGUGUGCCUCAUGUGUGCCUCAUGUGUGCCUCAUGUGUGCCUCAUGUGUGCCUCAUGUGUGCCUCAUGUGUGCCUCAUGUGUGCCUCAUGUGUGCCUCAUGUGUGCCUCAUGUGUGCCUCCAUGUGUGCCUCAUGUGUGCCUCAUGUGUGCCUCAUGUGUGCCUCAUGUGGCCUCAUGUGUGCCUCAUGUGUGCCUCAUGUGUGCCUCAUGUGUGCCUCAUGUGUGCCUCAUGUGUGCCUCAUGUGUGUGUGCCUCAUGUGUGCCUCAUGUGUGCCUCAUGUGUGCCUCAUGUGUGCCUCAUGUGUGUGUGCCUCAUGUGUGCCUCAUGUGUGUGUGCCUCAUGUGUGCCUCAUGUGUGCCUCAUGUGUGCCUCAUGUGUGCCUCAUGUGUGCCUCAUGUGUGCCUCAUGUGUGCCUCAUGUGUGCCUCAUGUGUGCCUCAUGUGUGCCUCAUGUGUGCCUCAUGUGUGUGUGCCUCAUGUGUGCCUCAUGUGUGCCUCAUGUGUGCCUCAUGUGUGCCUCAUGUGUGCCUCAUGUGUGCCUCAUGUGUGCCUCAUGUGUGCCUCAUGUGUGCCUCAUGUGUGCCUCAUGUGUGCCUCAUGUGUGUGUGCCUCAUGUGUGCCUCAUGUGUGCCUCAUGUGUGCCUCAUGUGUGCCUCAUGUGUGCCUCAUGUGUGCCUCAUGUGUGCCUCAUGUGUGCCUCAUGUGUGCCUCAUGUGUGCCUCAUGUGUGCCUCAUGUGUGCCUCAUGUGUGCCUCAUGUGUGCCUCAUGUGUGCCUCAUGUGUGCCUCAUGUGUGCCUCAUGUGUGCCUCAUGUGUGCCUCAUGUGUGCCUCAUGUGUGCCUCAUGUGUGCCUCAUGUGUGCCUCAUGUGUGCCUCAUGUGUGCCUCAUGUGUGCCUCAUGUGUGCCUCAUGUGUGCCUCAUGUGUGCCUCAUGUGUGCCUCAUGUGUGCCUCAUGUGUGCCUCAUGUGUGCCUCAUGUGUGCCUCAUGUGUGCCUCAUGUGUGCCUCAUGUGUGCCUCAUGUGUGCCUCAUGUGUGCCUCAUGUGUGCCUCAUGUGUGCCUCAUGUGUGCCUCAUGUGUGCCUCAUGUGUGCCUCAUGUGUGCCUCAUGUGUGCCUCAUGUGUGCCUCAUGUGUGCCUCAUGUGUGCCUCAUGUGUGCCUCAUGUGUGCCUCAUGUGUGCCUCAUGUGUGCCUCAUGUGUGCCUCAUGUGUGCCUCAUGUGUGCCUCAUGUGUGCCUCAUGUGUGCCUCAUGUGUGCCUCAUGUGUGCCUCAUGUGUGCCUCAUGUGUGCCUCAUGUGUGCCUCAUGUGUGCCUCAUGUGUGCCUCAUGUGUGCCUCAUGUGUGCCUCAUGUGUGCCUCAUGUGUGCCUCAUGUGUGCCUCAUGUGUGCCUCAUGUGUGCCUCAUGUGUGCCUCAUGUGUGCCUCAUGUGUGCCUCAUGUGUGCCUCAUGUGUGCCUCAUGUGUGCCUCAUGUGUGCCUCAUGUGUGCCUCAUGUGUGCCUCAUGUGUGCCUCAUGUGUGCCUCAUGUGUGCCUCAUGUGUGCCUCAUGUGUGCCUCAUGUGUGCCUCAUGUGUGCCUCAUGUGUGCCUCAUGUGUGCCUCAUGUGUGCCUCAUGUGUGCCUCAUGUGUGCCUCAUGUGUGCCUCAUGUGUGCCUCAUGUGUGCCUCAUGUGUGCCUCAUGUGUGCCUCAUGUGUGCCUCAUGUGUGCCUCAUGUGUGCCUCAUGUGUGCCUUCAUGUGUGCCUCAUGUGUGCCUCAUGUGUGCCUCAUGUGUGCCUCAUGUGUGCCUCAUGUGUGCCUCAUGUGUGCCUCAUGUGUGCCUCAUGUGUGCCUCAGGUGUGCCUCAUGUGUGCCUCAUGUGUGCCUCAUGUGUGCCUCAUGUUGCCUCAUGUGUGCCUCAUGUGUGUGCCUCAUGUGUGCCUCAUUGUGUGCCUCAUGUGUGCCUCAUGUGUGCCUCAUGUGUGCCUCAUGUGUGCCUCAUGUGUGCCUCAUGUGUGCCUCAUGGGUGCCUCAUGUGUGCCUCAUGUGUGCCCAUGUGUGCCUCAUGUGUGCCUCAUGUUGGGCCUCAGGUGGGCCUCAUGUGUGCCUCAUGUGUGCCUCAUGUGUGCCUCAUGUGUGCCUCAAUGUGUGCCUCAUGUGUGCCUCAUGUUGCCUCAUGUGGGGCCGCAUGUGUGCCUCAUGUGUGCCUCAUGUGUGCCUCAUGUGUGCCUCAUGUGUGCCUCAUGUGUGCCUCAUGUGUGCCUCAUGUGUGCCUCAUGUGUGCCUCAUGUGUGCCUCAUGUGUGCCUCAUGUGUGCCUCAUGUGUGCCUCAUGUGUGCCUCAUGUGUGCCUCAUGUGUGCCUCAUGUGUGCCUCAUGUGUGCCUCAUGUGUGCCUCAUGUGUGCCUCAUGUGUGCCUCAUGUGUGCCUCAUGUGUGCCUCAUGUGUGCCUCAUGUGUGCCUCAUGUGUGCCUCAUGUGUGCCUCAUGUGUGCCUCAUGUGUGCCUCAUGUGUGCCUCAUGUGUGCCUCAUGUGUGCCUCAUGUGUGCCUCAUGUGUGCCUCAUGUGUGCCUCAUGUGUGCCUCAUGUGUGCCUCAUGUGUGCCUCAUGUGUGCCUCAUGUGUGCCUCAUGUGUGCCUCAUGUGUGCCUCAUGUGUGCCUCAUGUGUGCCUCAUGUGUGCCUCAUGUGUGCCUCAUGUGUGCCUCAUGUGUGCCUCAUGUGUGCCUCAUGUGUGCCUCAUGUGUGCCUCAUGUGUGCCUCAUGUGUGCCUCAUGUGUGCCUCAUGUGUGCCUCAUGUGUGCCUCAUGUGUGCCUCAUGUGUGCCUCAUGUGUGCCUCAUGUGUGCCUCAUGUGUGCCUCAUGUGUGCCUCAUGUGUGCCUCAUGUGUGCCUCAUGUGUGCCUCAUGUGUGCCUCAUGUGUGGCCUCAUGUGUGCCUCAUUGUGUGCCUCAUGUGUGCCUCAUGUGUGCCUCAUGUGUGCCUCAUGUGUGCCUCAUGUGUGCCUCAUGUGUGCCUCAUGUGUGCCUCAUGUGUGCCUCAUGUGCCUCAUGUUGUGCCUCAUGUGUGCCUCAUGUGUGCCUCAUGUGUGCCUCAUGUGUGCCUCAUGUGUGCCUCAUGUGUGCCUCAUGUGUGCCUCAUGUGUGCCUCAUGUGUGCCUCAUGUGUGCCUCAUGUGUGCCUCAUGUGUGCCUCAUGUGUGCCUCAUGUGUGCCUCAUGUGUGCCUCAUGUGUGCCUCAUGUGUGCCUCAUGUGUGCCUCAUGUGUGCCUCAUGUGUGCCUCAUGUGUGCCUCAUGUGUGCCUCAUGUGUGCCUCAUGUGUGCCUCAUGUGUGCCUCAUGUGUGCCUCAUGUGUGCCUCAUGUGUGCCUCAUGUGUGCCUCAUGUGUGCCUCAUGUGUGCCUCAUGUGUGCCUCAUGUGUGCCUCAUGUGUGCCUCAUGUGUGCCUCAUGUGUGCCUCAUGUGUGCCUCAUGUGUGCCUCAUGUGUGCCUCAUGUGUGCCUCAUGUGUGCCUCAUGUGUGCCUCAUGUGUGCCUCAUGUGUGCCUCAUGUGUGCCUCAUGUGUGCCUCAUGUGUGCCUCAUGUGUGCCUCAUGUGUGCCUCAUGUGUGCCUCAUGUGUGCCUCAUGUGUGCCUCAUGUGUGCCUCAUGUGUGCCUCAUGUGUGCCUCAUGUGUGCCUCAUGUGUGCCUCAUGUGUGCCUCAUGUGUGCCUCAUGUGUGCCUCAUGUGUGCCUCAUGUGUGCCUCAUGUGUGCCUCAUGUGUGCCUCAUGUGUGCCUCAUGUGUGCCUCAUGUGUGCCUCAUGUGUGCCUCAUGUGUGCCUCAUGUGUGCCUCAUGUGUGCCUCAUGUGUGCCUCAUGUGUGCCUCAUGUUGCCUCAUGUGUGCCUCAUGUGUGCCUCAUGUGUGCCUCAUGUGUGCCUCAUGUGUGCCUCAUGUGUGCCUCAUGUGUGCCCUCAUGUGUGCCUCAUGUGUGCCUCAUGUGUGCCUCAUGUGUGCCUCAUGUGUGCCUCAUUGUGUGCCUCAUGUGUGCCUCAUGUGUGCCUCAAUGUGUGCCUCAUGUGUGCCUCAUGUGUGCCUCAUGUGUGCCUCAUGUGUGCCUCAUGUGUGCCUCAUGUGUGCCUCAUGUGUGCCUCAUGUGUGCCUCAUGUUGUGCCUCAUGUGGUGCCUCAUGUGUGCCUCAUGUGUGCCUCAUUGUGCCUCAUUUGCCUCAUGUGUGCCUCAUGUGUGCCUCAUGUGUGCCUCAAUGUGUGCCUCAUGUGGUGCCUCAUGUGUGCCUCAUGUGUGCCUCAUGUGUGCCUCAUGUGUGCCUCAUGUGUGCCUCAUGUGUGCCUCAUGUGUGCCCUCAUGUGUGCCUCAUGUGUCCUCAUGUGGUGCCUCAUGUGUGCCUCAUUGUCCUCAUGUGUGCCUCAUGUGUGCCUCAUGUGUGCCUCAUGUGUGCCUCAUGUGUGGCCUUCAUGGGUGCCCUCAUGUGUGCCUCAUGUGUGCCUCAUGUGUGCCUCAAUGUGUGGCCUCAUUGUGUGCCUCAUGUGGUGCCGCAUGUGUGCCUCAUGUGUGCCUCAUGUGUGCCUCAUGUGUGCCUCAUGUUGUGCCUCAUGUGUGCCGUCAUGGUGUGCCUCAAUGUGUGCCUCAUUGUGCCUCAGUGUGUGCCUCAUGUGUGCCUCAUGUGUGCCUCAUGUGUGCCUCAUGUGUGCCUCAUGUGUGCCUCACUGUGUGCCUCAUGUGUGCCUCAUGUGUGCCUCAUGUGUGCCUCAUGUGUGCCUCAUGUGUGCCUCAUGUGUGCCUCAUGUGUGCCUCAUGUGUGCCUCAUGUGUGCCUCAUGUGUGCCUCAUGUGUGCCUCAUGUGUGCCUCAUGUGUGCCUCAUGUGUGCCUCAUGUGUGCCUCAUGUGUGCCUCAUGUGUGCCUCAUGUGUGCCUCAUGUGUGCCUCAUGUGUGCCUCAUGUGUGCCUCAUGUGUGCCUCAUGUGUGCCUCAUGUGUGCCUCAUGUGUGCCUCAUGUGUGCCUCAUGUGUGCCUCAUGUGUGCCUCAUGUGUGCCUCAUGUGUGCCUCAUGUGUGCCUCAUGUGUGCCUCAUGUGUGCCUCAUGUGUGCCUCAUGUGUGCCUCAUGUGUGCCUCAUGUGUGCCUCAUGUGUGCCUCAUGUGUGCCUCAUGUGUGCCUCAUGUGUGCCUCAUGUGUGCCUCAUGUGUGCCUCAUGUGUGCCUCAUGUGUGCCUCAUGUGUGCCUCAUGUGUGCCUCAUGUGUGCCUCAUGUGUGCCUCAUGUGUGCCUCAUGUGUGCCUCAUGUGUGCCUCAUGUGUGCCUCAUGUGUGCCUCAUGUGUGCCUCAUGUGUGCCUCAUGUGUGCCUCAUGUGUGCCUCAUGUGUGCCUCAUGUGUGCCUCAUGUGUGCCUCAUGUGUGCCUCAUGUGUGCCUCAUGUGUGCCUCAUGUGUGCCUCAUGUGUGCCUCAUGUGUGCCUCAUGUGUGCCUCAUGUGUGCCUCAUGUGUGCCUCAUGUGUGCCUCAUGUGUGCCUCAUGUGUGCCUCAUGUGUGCCUCAUGUGUGCCUCAUGUGUGCCUCAUGUGUGCCUCAUGUGUGCCUCAUGUGUGCCUCAUGUGUGCCUCAUGUGUGCCUCAUGUGUGCCUCAUGUGUGCCUCAUGUGUGCCUCAUGUGUGCCUCAUGUGUGCCUCAUGUGUGCCUCAUGUGUGCCUCAUGUGUGCCUCAUGUGUGCCUCAUGUGUGCCUCAUGUGUGCCUCAUGUGUGCCUCAUGUGUGCCUCAUGUGUGCCUCAUGGUGUGCCUCAUGUGUGCCUCAUGUGUGCUCAUGUGUGCCUCAUGUGUGCCUCAUGUGUGCCUCAUGUGUGCCUCAUGUUGUGCCUCAUGUGUGCCUCAUGUGUGCCUCAUGUGUGCCUCAUGUGUGCCUCAUGUGUGCCUCAUGUGUGCCUCAUGUGUGCCUCAUGUGUGCCUCAUGUGUGCCUCAUGUGUGCCUCAUGUGUGCCUCAUGUGUGCCUCAUGUGUGCUCAUGUGUGCCUCAUGUGUGCCUCAUGUGUGCCUCAUGUGUGCCUCAUGUGUGCCUCAUGUGUGCCUCAUGUGUGCCUCAUGUGUGCCUCAUGUGUGCCUCAUGUGUGCCUCAUGUGUGCCUCAUGUGUGCCUCAUGUGUGCCUCAUGUGUGCCUCAUGUGUGCCUCAUGUGUGCCUCAUGUGUGCCUCAUGUGUGCCUCAUGUGUGCCUCAUGUGUGCCUCAUUGUGCCUCAUGUGCCUCAUGUGUGCCUCAUGUGUGCCUCAUGUGUGCCUCAUGUGUGCCUCAUGUGUGCCUCAUGUGUGCCUCAUGUGUGCCUCAUGUGUGCCUCAUGUGUGCCUCAUGUGUGCCUCAUGUGUGCCUCAUGUGUGCCUCAUGUGUGCCUCAUGUGUGCCUCAUGUGUGCCUCAUGUGUGCCUCAUGUGUGCCUCAUGUGUGCCUCAUGUGUGCCUCAUGUGUGCCUCAUGUGUGCCUCAUGUGUGCCUCAUGUGUGCCUCAUGUGUGCCUCAUGUGUGCCUCAUGUGUGCCUCAUGUGUGCCUCAUGUGUGCCUCAUGUGUGCCUCAUGUGUGCCUCAUGUGUGCCUCAUGUGUGCCUCAUGUGUGCCUCAUGUGUGCCUCAUGUGUGCCUCAUGUGUGCCUCAUGUGUGCCUCAUGUGUGCCUCAUGUGUGCCUCAUGUGUGCCUCAUGUGUGCCUCAUGUGUGCCUCAUGUGUGCCUCAUGUGUGCCUCAUGUGUGCCUCAUGUGUGCCUCAUGUGUGCCUCAUGUGUGCCUCAUGUGUGCCUCAUGUGUGCCUCAUGUGUGCCUCAUGUGUGCCUCAUGUGUGCCUCAUGUGUGCCUCAUGUGUGCCUCAUGUGUGCCUCAUGUGUGCCUCAUGUGUGCCUCAUGUGUGCCUCAUGUGUGCCUCAUGUGUGCCUCAUGUGUGCCUCAUGUGUGCCUCAUGUGUGCCUCAUGUGUGCCUCAUGUGUGCCUCAUGUGUGCCUCAUGUGUGCCUCAUGUGUGCCUCAUGUGUGCCUCAUGUGUGCCUCAUGUGUGCCUCAUGUGUGCCUCAUGUGUGCCUCAUGUGUGCCUCAUGUGUGCCUCAUGUGUGCCUCAUGUGUGCCUCAUGUGUGCCUCAUGUGUGCCUCAUGUGUGCCUCAUGUGUGCCUCAUGUGUGCCUCAUGUGUGCCUCAUGUGUGCCUCAUGUGUGCCUCAUGUGUGCCUCAUGUGUGCCUCAUGUGUGCCUCAUGUGUGCCUCAUGUGUGCCUCAUGUGUGCCUCAUGUGUGCCUCAUGUGUGCCUCAUGUGUGCCUCAUGUGUGCCUCAUGUGUGCCUCAUGUGUGCCUCAUGUGUGCCUCAUGUGUGCCUCAUGUGUGCCUCAUGUGUGCCUCAUGUGUGCCUCAUGUGUGCCUCAUGUGUGCCUCAUGUGUGCCUCAUGUGUGCCUCAUGUGUGCCUCAUGUGUGCCUCAUGUGUGCCUCAUGUGUGCCUCAUGUGUGCCUCAUGUGUGCCUCAUGUGUGCCUCAUGUGUGCCUCAUGUGUGCCUCAUGUGUGCCUCAUGUGUGCCUCAUGUGUGCCUCAUGUGUGCCUCAUGUGUGCCUCAUGUGUGCCUCAUGUGUGCCUCAUGUGUGCCUCAUGUGUGCCUCAUGUGUGCCUCAUGUGUGCCUCAUGUGUGCCUCAUGUGUGCCUCAUGUGUGCCUCAUGUGUGCCUCAUGUGUGCCUCAUGUGUGCCUCAUGUGUGCCUCAUGUGUGCCUCAUGUGUGCCUCAUGUGUGCCUCAUGUGUGCCUCAUGUGUGCCUCAUGUGUGCCUCAUGUGUGCCUCAUGUGUGCCUCAUGUGUGCCUCAUGUGUGCCUCAUGUGUGCCUCAUGUGUGCCUCAUGUGUGCCUCAUGUGUGCCUCAUGUGUGCCUCAUGUGUGCCUCAUGUGUGCCUCAUGUGUGCCUCAUGUGUGCCUCAUGUGUGCCUCAUGUGUGCCUCAUGUGUGCCUCAUGUGUGCCUCAUGUGUGCCUCAUGUGUGCCUCAUGUGUGCCUCAUGUGUGCCUCAUGUGUGCCUCAUGUGUGCCUCAUGUGUGCCUCAUGUGUGCCUCAUGUGUGCCUCAUGUGUGCCUCAUGUGUGCCUCAUGUGUGCCUCAUGUGUGCCUCAUGUGUGCCUCAUGUGUGCCUCAUGUGUGCCUCAUGUGUGCCUCAUGUGUGCCUCAUGUGUGCCUCAUGUGUGCCUCAUGUGUGCCUCAUGUGUGCCUCAUGUGUGCCUCAUGUGUGCCUCAUGUGUGCCUCAUGUGUGCCUCAUGUGUGCCUCAUGUGUGCCUCAUGUGUGCCUCAUGUGUGCCUCAUGUGUGCCUCAUGUGUGCCUCAUGUGUGCCUCAUGUGUGCCUCAUGUGUGCCUCAUGUGUGCCUCAUGUGUGCCUCAUGUGUGCCUCAUGUGUGCCUCAUGUGUGCCUCAUGUGUGCCUCAUGUGUGCCUCAUGUGUGCCUCAUGUGUGCCUCAUGUGUGCCUCAUGUGUGCCUCAUGUGUGCCUCAUGUGUGCCUCAUGUGUGCCUCAUGUGUGCCUCAUGUGUGCCUCAUGUGUGCCUCAUGUGUGCCUCAUGUGUGCCUCAUGUGUGCCUCAUGUGUGCCUCAUGUGUGCCUCAUGUGUGCCUCAUGUGUGCCUCAUGUGUGCCUCAUGUGUGCCUCAUGUGUGCCUCAUGUGUGCCUCAUGUGUGCCUCAUGUGUGCCUCAUGUGUGCCUCAUGUGUGCCUCAUGUGUGCCUCAUGUGUGCCUCAUGUGUGCCUCAUGUGUGCCUCAUGUGUGCCUCAUGUGUGCCUCAUGUGUGCCUCAUGUGUGCCUCAUGUGUGCCUCAUGUGUGCCUCAUGUGUGCCUCAUGUGUGCUCAUGUUGCCUCAUGUGUGCCUCAUGUGGCCUCAUGUGUGCCUCAUGUGUGCCUCAUGUGUGCCUCAUGUGUGCCUCAUGUGUGCCUCAUGUGUGCCUCAUGUGUGCCUCAUGUGUGCCUCAUGUGUGCCUCAUGUGUGCCUCAUGUGUGCCUCAUGUGUGCCUCAUGUGUGCCUCAUGUUGUGCCUCAUGUGUGCCUCAUGUGUGCCUCAUGUGUGCCUCAUGUGUGCCUCAUGUGUGCCUCAUGUGUGCCUCAUGUGUGCCUCAUGUGUGCCUCAUGUGUGCCUCAUGUGUGCCUCAUGUGUGCCUCAUGUGUGCCUCAUGUGUGCCUCAUGUGUGCCUCAUGUGUGCCUCAUGUGUGCCUCAUGUGUGCCUCAUGUGUGCCUCAUGUGUGCCUCAUGUGUGCCUCAUGUGUGCCUCAUGUGUGCCUCAUGUGUGCCUCAUGUGUGCCUCAUGUGUGCCUCAUGUGUGCCUCAUGUGUGCCUCAUGUGUGCCUCAUGUGUGCCUCAUGUGUGCCUCAUGUGUGCCUCAUGUGUGCCUCAUGUGUGCCUCAUGUGUGCCUCAUGUGUGCCUCAUGUGUGCCUCAUGUGUGCCUCAUGUGUGCCUCAUGUGUGCCUCAUGUGUGCCUCAUGUGUGCCUCAUGUGUGCCUCAUGUGUGCCUCAUGUGUGCCUCAUGUGUGCCUCAUGUGUGCCUCAUGUGUGCCUCAUGUGUGCCUCAUGUGUGCCUCAUGUGUGCCUCAUGUGUGCCUCAUGUGUGCCUCAUGUGUGCCUCAUGUGUGCCUCAUGUGUGCCUCAUGUGUGCCUCAUGUGUGCCUCAUGUGUGCCUCAUGUGUGCCUCAUGUGUGCCUCAUGUGUGCCUCAUGUGUGCCUCAUGUGUGCCUCAUGUGUGCCUCAUGUGUGCCUCAUGUGUGCCUCAUGUGUGCCUCAUGUGUGCCUCAUGUGUGCCUCAUGUGUGCCUCAUGUGUGCCUCAUGUGUGCCUCAUUCUCCGGUGCUGUUCUCUUCCCAAACGGCUGGAUUCUGCCCGAAAAACUCGGGCUGCCCACCGCUCACAUUCACAUGCCGGUGCCUCUAUACGAGUCGACAAUUUCUCGGGCAGUUGACAAAUUUCUGAACAACCUGGAGCCGGGAAGCCCGUUUGCUCGCUCCAAUUGGACGAUAACUGACGACCCGCGGCUGUUCCGGCCGAUUUCAGAGGCGUCAUAUGCCUCACUGGUGCAGGCCAAAGCAGGGCUGUCAGAACAGAAGCCUCAAAAAGAGCAGCAGCAGCACCACCAGCGGCAAAAAGGGGAGCAAGAGGAGAAGGGUGGUGAUGCGAUAACAGCGGAGAGUGCUGGAUGGAGAAGGAGUGAUAUGGUUGGUGCCCCACACUUGCUCCUCCUCUCCCCUCCGCUCCCCAUCCCACCUCCUGCUCCUCCCUCCCCCUUCCCCUGUCUCCCUCUCCCCUCCCCCCUUUCCACACCCUCCCCCCUGCCCCUCACCACCUGGGCUGUACUGAUCACCAUUCCCCACCCCCCCCUGCCCCUCACCACCUGGGCAGUACUGAUCACCAUUCCCCACCCUUCCCCACCCUUCCCCCUGCCCCUCACACACAUGAACAUAUUGCUCGUCCAUGCCCCCACCUUCACCCCGCUCCCCACCCCAUCCCCCCCACCUCCUUCCCCCUUCUCCUCCACCCGCACUUGCUCAAGGACGGGGCCGGACGGGGGCGAUACUGUUCACCAUCCGCACGCACAUGAAACCACUACGCGUGUUCUCCGGGCGGCACCAGCUGGCUGCUGA